CUAUCUAUAACAUAGGCUGAAAGAAUUGUCACUCGCAAACAGGACCAUCUUAAAUUUUACGUUUUUGUUUACUAAAGGUGUCAGGAACUUGCACGUCUUGGUUUGGUUUUGGUAUAUGUAAAUUUUAAACUAUAACAUACUAUUCUAAAAUUUAACAGCACCGGUGCAAUUUAACAUUUCAGGAAUUCUAUACAUCAGGUCCUGAAGAGGAAGUUUGUUAGGGCAUCAAAUACAUCAAAUACAUAUAUGCAGUUCUGUGCUGACAAACAGAAUAAAGGAUUUUUGACAAAUGUCAGCUCAUAAUCGCAAGCUCUUUCUGUCUGCAAACAGAGACAGUCUGUAACAAACAUGAAGUAUGUUCCAUGCUGAACCUGGCAUAUUAAAAGUCUUAAAAGUUUCUCAUUUUGAUUUCCAACAAAAUAAAAAGUUGCAGAUGGUUCUGUAUUGCUGGACUUUGCCAAGCCAGAACAAACCUUGCACUGUUCAGUGAACGGGCUCAGUUCUCCUCCUGGCCAACGGGGGCGCUGCAAACUCAGCGCGUGUUGUAUAAACCGUCAGCCAUCUGCCGCAGUCAGUUAGCUCCAACGGGAAUGGAAAAUGGAGGACUGACCGAAGACAGAGUGAGGGCAUAUCAUCGGUAUUCCAAGUGUUUAGAUCUUUUAACCUUGUACCAAGACUGAAGCUUACUGAUGUGAAGCCUUUGUUUUGUUUGAAGACGCACUGCUGACCUUCAGACUUUCAGUUUGAAAGUAGUGACUCCAUCAUCUAUGGAGGAGAAUGUGGUCCCUGCGCUCUCUCUAGCUCCUGAGCCAGAGCAGAGCCAGGACCGCAUGGAUAGCUACUCUCAAGGCUUGGGAGAAGGGGAUAGUGAACAGAAGGAACAGGUUCAAACAGGAGAAGACAAUGUGGCCAAAGAGUUGCUAGAGGAGCCAGAAAAAUCUAAGGCCAGCAGUGAGGUAAAGAAGACUUGGGGUUUCCGUCGGUCCACUGUUGCAAAAAGAGAGAUGCCAGUGGAGGCAGCAACCGACAGCCCUGAAAACCGCUGUCCUGUGCGGCGCAGUGGAAGACAGCCCAAGCGAACUGACAAACUAGAGGAAUUCCUCUUGACUACUAAGAGAGGGUCAAGAAAGAGUGCCCCUCCCAGUCUGGAAAGUGGAGACCCUCCUUCCCAAACUCCAACAGAUGCAGAGACUGCUUCAGAGGCCAGCUUUGAUGGUAAUGCUGACUCCAAGGUUGGGGAGGAGAAAGCAGAGUCCCCAGAGAGGAGGACAAGAAGUGGUGUAAGGAAGCAGGCUCAAAGGAAAGCUGGAGGUGGCAGACAGACCAGAGGAGGUGGCGGACUGACGGUCAAAGAUGAGGGAAGCUCUGAGAAUGAGGAAGACUGUAGAGAUGCUGUCAAAAAAGAUCAGUCACAGGAUAACAAUGUGGAGAAAACAGAUGAAAAGAGUACUCCCACCUUUGAAGACAUAGGGAGCAAUAAUGCAGUGCAGACUCAGCAGGUUUCUGAGAAGAUAGAGGUGGUGGAGGAGAAGAAUGAACAUGGAGAUGACAAUGACAAUGUCAAAAUGGAAAAUGAGGAUGAUGACGGUGCAGACAAGCCAGCAGCAAUGCUGGCAAAACGUGGACCAAUAAGAACUUACAUAAAUAAAAAAAGAGCUGUCAAUAAGAACACUAUGCCUGUUAAGGCCCUUGCCUCUGUUUCUGCCAACAAGAACACCACUCCUGUUAAGAAAGAAAUAAAGCUUAGAUCUACCCAAAGUGCUGGAAAGAUAAGCAAGCCCCAGACACAGGAAGACGAUGAUGACAAUGACUCUUGUACAUCUUCUUCAUCGUCAUCCUCAUCAUCAGUUGAGUCUGACGAUGAUGGCGGCUAUGACCCCAACGCACUUUACUGCAUCUGUCGACAGAAACACAACAAAAGAUUUAUGAUCUGCUGUGACCGCUGUGAGGAGUGGUUCCACGGGGACUGUGUGGGUAUCACUGAGGCUCGUGGGCGUCUGAUGGAGAGAAAUGGGGAAGACUACAUUUGCCCCAACUGCACUGCAAAGAAAAACCAGGUGGUCAGGCCUGCCACAUCUGUCCUCUCUGCAAGCGUAGAGGUCGGGAGGUCCAAAAUGGACGUUUCUUCUCCAGUAAAUGUGAGCUCUGAUACAGCUGCUGAGAGAACCAACACCAGUCUGUCAGCUGUUCAGGGUGUGUCAGGGACUCCAUCCACUGCUGCUGGAACUGAAGAGAAAGGAGUGGAGGACCUGGGCAUAAAAGGCAGGAUAGAGAAAGCUACUCAUCCAACUGGAAAAAAGAAGAUAAAGAUCUUUCAGCCGCAGGCAUUACAGCAGCCAGCUGAACCAAAAGCUGACCAGAAGGCCACAUCAACUGUAGAAAAGAAGGCAGCGCCCACAGCAGAGCAGAAAGCAACACCAGACACAGAGCAGAAAGUUGCAUCAAACGUGGAGGUGAAAACAACUCCAACAGGGGAACUGACGGAGGGCAAGACCAUGCCGAAAGCUGAGGACGACUCUUCUCUUCCAAAAUGUAUUGGUCCUGGUUGUGACAAUAAUGCUCAGCCAGACUCUGUGUACUGUGGAAACGACUGUAUCCUGAGACAUGCUGCUGCUGCCAUGAAGUCUAUCACUGAUGAGCCCCAGCAGAAGGACAAGGCCAACGCUCAGAAAAACAAGUCCACACCAAAGAAGAGUGGUGCGAGUGGGAAGAAAGGGCAGAAGACGAACCAGGGGGGCUCUGACAGCGAGGAAGACCGUUCCAAUCCAGAUGAGGACGACGAAGAUGAGCAUGCUGAGGAACACCCGCCCCCACCGGCCACUGCAUCCUGGUCCAGCGACCAUAAUUACAUUGCAGUAACACCAGAAAAGACUACACCCAUAUCACCAACAGUGUUAAACAAAAAGUCCCCUCCCAAAGAGGAGAAGCAGAGUGAGAAGAAGAAGGAAGCAGCUCCAGUACCUGAGAAAGCUGCCUCAGCCUCUGCAACACCAAGCAAAGCAAACAAGAAGUCCAGCCCAGCAACUAAAGCAACCAAGGCUUCCUCAAAGGGCAAGAAGCCUCCUGUUCAAGCUGUCGGCACAAGGUCGUCCAAGAGAAUUGUGACACCCCCAGCUAAAACUGCGGCAAAGUCAAAGAAGCCAGGCCCACCGUCCAGUCGUACCCAGUCUCAAUUCCCACCGGGUCCUAUCCAUGUCACAGGUGCACUGAGAGUCACCAAGUCCAACUUCACCAUUCCUAAGAAGCAGCCACAACAAAAGGACACAAGUUCCCACAGUCAGUCCUCAUCCUCUAGAGUCCCAUCAUCUCCAGUUUCAUCAGGGCCUUCAAGUCACUCUUCAUCCUCCAGACCUCCACAUCCAGCAGCUUCAGCACCGCCUGUUUCCCCCAUGCCGCCUCCACCCAACAACCAGAUGAGGCAGAAUAUUCGCCGCUCACUGACAGACAUCCUCUAUAAGAGGGUGAGUGAUAGUGAUGAUCUGAAAAUGACAGAAAGUGAAGUGGGACGACUGGCAGUUGGCAUUGAAAAGGAGAUGUUCAACCUCUGCCUUAGCACUGACAGCAAGUACAAGAACAAAUACAGGUCCCUCAUGUUCAACUUGAAAGAUCCUAAAAACAAAGGCUUGUUCUACAGGGUCAUAGGUGGUGAGGUGACUCCUUUCCGUCUGGUGAGACUAAGUGCUGAAGAGUUGCUUUCCAAAGAAAUAUCUGAAUGGAGAAAACCUGACACUUCUGAGGCUCAGUCUCAAAGUGCAAGAGGCCAUUCAGGACAGUCCAAACGGGGCAACAGGCAUGACUCUGCCUCCCAUAGCAUGGACAUAGAGGAUGCUCCACCAACAUCUGAUGCAGAUGUAUGUAUCUCUGUCUCCGGCUCAUCUUCUCACAUGGCUUCUGCUGCAGUAAGUGGUGGCAAGCUGCUUUUCUGUAACUUUCACACUUUCUUUUCACCUUGCAUGAGGUUCUUGGAGCACCAUCUGUUACAACUAAAAGAACAAGAGGACUCUGGCUCAACUCCUUCAGCUCAGUCCUCUGCUGUUGAGGGGAACAGUAGCAACAACAUGCCAGACAUUUUCAGUAAUAUGCUCAAAGACACUACUUCUGAACACAAGACUCAUUUGUUUGACCUCAACUGUAAAAUAUGCACAGGACAGAAGACCGAGGAUGAGCCUGCAGCUAAAAAAGCCAGACUCGCCAAGAAGCCUGAAACCAAGUCCCCCAGACAAGAGUCAUUUUCAUCUAGGUCAGGGGAUGUCUCUCCUGUCAACCAACCACAGGUUCCUGCGGCCCACCACCACCAAGAUCCUUUAUCACAUCAGCACCAGGGCCUUUCAUCCUACCAUUCCAACAUGGAGGCAGCUGUUCCAGAAUCACAGCCACAGCUCUAUCAGGAGGACAUGAUGGCAUCUCCCGCCCAGGCCACUGUCCCCAUCACCCCCACCAUCUCUUCUGUCAGCAUCACCCGCAGAGACCCACGUAUGGCCAGACAUAGCUCUGGGGUGACUGUCACCCACCCUACUCCAGAUAAACCCACCAGCAAUCCAGCAGAACUGCUCCCAGCUCCUGUUACAGCUCAAGUUGAGGCUGGGCCUAAGGCACCGCUACCGAUGCCCCCGGCUCCGCUGCCCUCAGUGGCUGCGCCCAAACCAUCAAAAACAAGUGCAUCGGAGCCUCCUCUUGAGGGAGAAACUGCCAUCUUUCUCCAUGGUCAGGAAAAGAUUUGGAAAGGAUUUAUCAACAUGCAGUCAGUUGCUAAGUUUGUGACCAAGGCUUACCUGGUCUCAGGAUCCUUUGAAUACCUGAAAGAGGAUUUGCCAGAUACCAUUCAUGUCGGAGGCCGGAUAUCUCCAAGCACGGUGUGGGACUAUGUCGGGAAGCUGAAAACCUCGCUCUCCAAGGAAUUGUGUCUGAUCCGUUUCCAUCCAGCCACAGAGGAAGAGGAGGUGGCAUAUGUCUCUCUAUUCUCUUACUUUAGCAGCAGAAAACGUUUUGGUGUAGUGGCUAACAACAAUCGCCGCAUCAAAGACCUCUAUCUCAUCCCACUGGGCUCAAAGGACCCAUUACCCUCCAAACUUUUACCGUUUGAUGGGCCAGGUCUUGAACCGGCUCGUCCCAACCUCCUCCUGGGGCUGCUGAUCUGCCAGAAGGACAGAAAGCGUGCUGGUGCUGCAUUAGAAACUGAGGAGAAACGGUCCAAGAUUCAAACCAAAGAUGCAGAUGAAACUGGCCUCCCAAAACCACCUGCCUCAGUCAGAGCAGAAAGAAGCACAAGGCAGAGUCUUGAAAUUCCCUUCAGCACGACUCCUCCAGGGUCACCUCCACUUGGCGGCUCCUCUGAUACUACCAGCAACACUGUGACCGCCUCCUCUGUCUUUUCUCUAUUAUCCUCAGUUAAAGCUCCAGCUACUACUGGCAAGGACUCCCCCUCCUCAUCUAGCUCUGUUGCUUCCACUGCUGCUGCCACUCCUCUUCAGACCAUUCUCAAAACUCUUUUUGGAAAGGCAAAGCAUGACUCAGAAGCUUCCAACUCUCCAUCUGAUCAAUGUGGAGAACUCUCUGCUCCAACUGCUACAAUGCUAGACCCAAUUGUGCGGCAGUUUGCCCAAAGUUCUAAAGACAAACCGGUAGAGGAGGAUGAAGAUGACCGACCAUAUGAUCCAGAAGAAGAGUAUGACCCUAGUAGGGGCUAUAAUAUACCUAAGAAGCCUGUUGAGGUAGUAAGCAAACCUGAGCUGUCAAGGCAGCCUGAGGAGGUAGCUAGUGAAGCUGAUGAUGUUGCAUAUGACCCAGAAGACGACUCCAUUUUUGAAGAGGUCAAAACUUUAGUGCCAGGUCAAACAAAGGCUGCUGCUGAAUGUGUAACUGAUUCACAAAAGAUCCUGGAGAGCCUUAAACAGAUUGGGGAUCAGGCUUUGCCGAAACAGGGAGAACAGCAAACUGCAUCCACGCCUAGUGCCUCAUUGACACUCCCAAACACGCUCCUAUCCCAACCUACUAAAUCCCUUUUGGCCAAUUGUCAACUACUACAACUUGGCAAAAAGGUUGAAGAACUGGUGAAGUCUUCAUCAGUUGCUCCUUUGAUCAACCAGAAGAGAGAUCCCAGACAGAGCAGGGAUCCUCGGCAGGCUGCAGGCAGCAAGAAACCUUCUGAUGAACCAGAGGACAAAGAGGAGGCAGCUGCUGAGUUGACUGAUCCUAUUCCUCCAUCACAGCCUGUGGAGCAAGAGCCACAGCUGCCUAAUACAGCUGAACUUGUAGACUCGUCACAAGGCCCAGAGACAUCAGAGCUUGAAGAGGAGCUGAAAAGUGAGACGCUGCUCUUCACAGAGUCUGACAAGACCGAAGUGUCAAUUCCCUUGUUAGGAGAGGAGGUGGAACCUGAUAUGGAGGUCAACUACAUGGAUGAGAAAGAAGUGAAAAGUGAGGAAGAUGAGCCAAUUGAGGCUGAGACAGAGCUGGACAAGUACAGUAUUUGGCCAAAUGCUGCCAGUAUUUUGAAAGCUGGUGAGGACUCUGAAUAUGAUGAGAACAGUCAAGAUGCACCAACUACAAGCUACUACAGCAAAUCUGUAAACACAUCCACAAUAGCUUCCACAAUCCCUGUACUCACUCAGAGCGCAGCAAUAGUUGACUCUCAGUCACAUCACAUGCCACAUCCCAUGUCUACAUCAGGUUUCGAUGGUGAAUACAGACCGCCUGCUGACAUUCCCCCGCAGUCCAACUUCCCCCCUCCUCAUUCCAUACAGGGACAAAACCUGUUGAUAAGGCCUCCGCCUAUACUACCACCUAUGCAGGGUCUUCCUCCGAUGUCAGGUCCUCCUCCAAUACAGGGGCCCCCUCCACCCAUGCAUGUUCCUCCCCCUGUACACGGUCCUCCCCCAAUACAAGGUGACAAUACUCAGCAGUACGGCCCACCUCCAUCUUCAUACCCUCCAUAUCAGAACCAGUGGCCAGGUACACAGCCACCACAGCAGCAGCAGCCACCUCCUGGACCACCACCUCAAAAUAUCAUGCCACCCAGAGGACCACCACCACCAUUCCCUCCACUGGCCCAGAGAGGGCCUCCUCCCCAAAUGUUUGACCCCUCCAUUCCCCCUCAGCACAUUGGGCAACAAGGCCCCCCUCCAGGGCUUCCCCCACCACAUACUUUUGAUGGACAGAACAGCUUACCCCCACCAAGAUUCACUGGUCCUCCUCCACCUUUUAAUUUCCCUGCAAGUAGAGGUCCUCCUCCUCCACCUUUCACAACACCACCACCUGGUCACUUUGAUAACAGGCUUCCUCCUCCAGCCAUCUUUGCAGGAUCCAGGGGUCCCCCUCCAUCUCAGUAUGGUGACCACGGAGCUCAACCUCCAAUGGCAGACCAACCUCGAGGACAUGCAGAACAGUAUAACAAAGACACUGCUAAUAACUCCUUCAAGUUAAAUGUGGACCAGAAUCCAAACACUUUCCAUAUGUUUAAAGACAAUCAGGGCCCUCCACCAGGUACCGCCUUCCGGGCACCUCCACUCAACCAAUAUGAGGACAGAAGAGGCCCACCGCCCAGUGUUGAGAUGAGUGGACAGAUCUUCAGUCCUCAUAGCCAGUAUGGGUCCUCCAGACCACCAUCCUCACCACCACAUCGAGGAUCUUUUGAUGAGCUCCGAGGUCCUCCACCUCAGGAGAACAGACCUCAUCCUUCACAGCCUUUUGGAGGAUCAGAGCGGUACCGCUUCGACAGGCACUCGGACGAGGCUCGACCUAUCCGCCACAGUGGGCCACUGCUGCCGACUCCUCCAGAGGCCCCUCUAGGUCCUCCUAGUCGCAUUGGAGCCCACAGCCCAGAACUACACAGGGAUGACCACUGGCGCCGCCUUUCUCCUGAAUUGAGGAGGAGGGUCAGCACCACCCAUGAGGACUCAGAACCUCGUGGCGGGGAUCGUUUCAGCCGCUUUGAAGGAGGACACAGAGAACUCGUUCCUGGUUCAUUGCAGCCCUCUGACGAGCGACAGCGGGAGCUGUCUGAGGACCGCCGUAGAGAACGAGAGAGGGAUGUCACUCAUGCUGGCAGGCCCUCAUGGGACAGGGGGCAGGGAAAAAGGUGGAGCCGAGAGCGAGACUGGGACAGAGUCAAAGAAAGGGACCGAGAUCAGGAGCGUAGCCGAGAAAGAGAUCACAGCAGAGGGAAGGAGGUCGACAGACACAGGGAAGCAGAAGGAGACCGACACAAGGAUCAAGACACAGACAAAAGGAGAGACCGAGACAGGGAAAGAGACAGAGACAGAACUAGAGACUCUGACCGGAGGGACUCUGACCGGAGGGACUACGACCGUGACAGGGGGAGAAACCGUGACAGAGAGCGAGAACGUGAGCGAGACAAGAAGCGAGACAGAUCCAGAAGCAGAGACCGGGACCGGGACCGGGAUCGAGAUCGAGGGAAAGACCGGGGCAGGGACAGGGAUAGAGACCGAGACAGGGAUAGAGACCGAGACAGGGAUAGAGACCGAGACAGGGAUAGAGACCGAGACCGGGACAGGGACAGGGAACGAGUUAAGGAGAGAGAUCGAGACAAAGACAGAGACCGUCGGGAAAAAAGCAGAAGCAGAGAAAAGAAAGAUGACAAAAAGGACAGCAAACGCGAUUCCACCAAGGAGAGUGCUAAAACUGCAGAAAAUGACAAGAAGGUUUCCUAGUCUCUGUUUUAUGGACUUCACAGCACGGUUUAAGACUCUUGCUUUUUGUCAUCACUGUACAUGUAGAUGAGCAGUAUUUCGUUAAAUUUUCAUAGUUGUGUUCCUAUGAGGAAAAAAAUGAUGUUUGUAUUCUCCUUGUCACUUAAAGAUUUCUAAAUUUGUUUUAUUACAUGUAAAAAGCAAAAAAACUGAAGCCCAUCUAAGUUGCUUGUGUACAAGACGUAUUAUGUAGGCUACUGAUUCCUAUUAGAUGUACCUUUCUGUUGUCAAAGCAGUUUUUUAAGAAAACAAUGUAACUGAUUAACACACCAUUUGCAAUAUGUAAAUAUAAAAGUUUUGUGUAUAUACUGAUGUUUUUAAUCAUACUUUUCUAAGUAGAGAAAAUAAGCCAUAUAUCUGAGAUGGAUAAUGUGCAGGUUUCUGAAACACUGAGACACAAAUGUGUGUUUAUAUGUUCAGCAGCUUUGAACUAAAAGGCUUCAACUAUCUACAGUAUACACCCUCUAAAUGGUCGAUUAUGAAAUGUCCUGAUUUCGUUUCAGCUCAACCAAUUAAAUGUGUUUGAUGGAA